AUGACCUCCAAGAGAAGAAACAACGGAAGAGCAAAGAAGGGAAGAGGACACGUCCAAAGCGUCCGUUGCACAAAUUGUGGCCGCUGUGUUGCAAAAGACAAAGCCAUCAAGAGAUACACUAUUAAAAACAUCGUCGAGGCUGCCGCAGUCAGAGAUAUCUCCGAUAACUCUGCCAUCGUCAAAUACAAGUUGCCAAAGACUUAUUUGAAGAACCAAUACUGUGUUGCUUGUGCUAUCCAUGGGAGAAUAGUCAGAGUCAGAUCACAUGAGGACAGAAAGAUUAGAACUCCACCAAAGAGAAUCAUUAAAAAGUCUUCAAAGACUCAAACGAACAAUAAGCCAACUGAUGCCCCAGCUGCCGCCACUACCGCCCCAGUCAUUGCUGUGGCUCCAAAGGUUGCCGUUGCUCCUAAGGAGAGACCUUUCAAGUCCUUCCAGUGA